AUGCACCGAAACUUUAUCUUACUCUUUUUAGGUCCACCUGUGGAUUUUCAACCGAUACCUGAUUAUCGUCCAAGUCACGGUGUUUUUCUACCGGAUAGGUCACCUAUCGGUUGUGAAUGUGACCACAACCUGGAACUGGAAAAGGAAACAGAAUCGGAUGAUUGCAAACCGUUAGAACCAUGUUGGGAGAAUCGGCGACGGCGUUGUUGCGCAGCAACAGCUGGGGCUCUGAUUCCUUAUAACAGACAUAAGCGUCUGGCGGCCCCGGUUGGUCAUGCAGUGUACGAAUGCAAUUCCGCGUAA